CAGAGUCGCCUCUGAUCAUUGUCUUUUUCUAACCCAGCCUUAUGUCAGGUGACUGGGAUCAGGAAACUGGAGGAGGUAGUUGCAGUGCUUACAAGUUUUUCUGGAAGCAAGGGAGUUGCAGAGACACUGGAGGGAGUGAAGUUUCUCUGCUGCAUGCAGCAGGUUUGAAGAGCUAUUGCAUGUGUUAGUAGCAACAUGAAGGGGAUUGCAAACAGCUAGAUAGGAUCAUUCAUGAAUUCCAAGAUUACUCUAAUCCUGGCAAGAGUGUUACCUGGGAAAAUCAUGUUCUCUUUGCAAGAAUCCAGCUACCAGAACCGGAACCCCUUAGUGGCAGUAUACUACACCAACCGAGCCUUGUGUUACCUGAAGAUGCAGCAACAUGAUAAGGCCCUGGCAGAUUGUAAACAUGCCCUGGAACUAGACAGCCAGUCAGUGAAGGCCCAUUUCUUUCUGGGGCAGUGCCAGAUGGAGAUGGAGAACUAUGAUGAGGCCAUCGCUAACUUGCAGAGAGCCUAUAACCUAGCCAAGGAACAGCGACUGAAUUUUGGGGAUGAUAUUCCAAGUGCACUGCGGAUUGCCAAGAAGAAGCGCUGGAACAACAUUGAAGAGAAACGGAUCAAUCAGGAAAAUGAGUUGCACUCCUAUCUAACCAAACUCAUCAUGGCUGAGAAGGAGAGGGAGCUGGAUGAAUACCGAAGGACACAACAAGAGGAGAACGUGGAUGAGAGCCGGAGCCGUGCCCAGCUGGCUAACGUUGAAGCCAAACAUGACAAGUACCUGGCAGAUAUGGAUGAGCUGUUCUCCCAGGUGGAUGAAAAGAGGAAGAAGCGAGACAUCCCCGAUUACCUGUGUGGGAAGAUCAGUUUUGAACUGAUGCGAGAGCCCUGUAUCACACCCAGUGGGAUUACCUAUGACAGGAAAGAUAUAGAAGAGCAUCUUCAGCGUGUUGGUCACUUUGAUCCUGUGACCCGAAGUCCUUUAACCCAAGACCAGCUGAUCCCAAACCUUGCUAUGAAGGAGGUGAUAGAUGCGUUCAUAUCAGAAAAUGGCUGGGUAGAAGAGUACUGAUGGCUGAGUGGGCACAGUCCUCUGGAUCCUCACCGCAGCCCCAGCUGUGGCAGCACAGGCACGCUCUGCUAUGGACUGCUCUCUGAGCAUGCUGGGCUGGCACCAUGCCUUACUCACUUUCAGUCUCUCUCUUCCCCCCUCUGGAUGCCCAGAGAUCCAUUGGCAGUGCUGGACUAGAGUGCAUUAUCAUCUCGUGUCCCAGAAACCACAGCUGGGCUAGACUGACUAAGCAGGGCCAGCUCCUUGCUCACCUGGGCUCCUGGUAACCUCCCAACAUGAUAGACAGAAGCAAGACUGCCUUAGGCAGGCCGAGAGGGAGGACCCAGCACUGGAUGCAAUCCACAGAAGCACUUUUGGAAGAGCAGUGUCACUCUGUACUAGCCAGCAUCACUGCUUUUCAGAACCCACCUCAGAUCCUUGGCUGUAAAGAACGAGCGUCCUCCACAAAAACAGCUGCCUACUCCCUUUCCUCACAGCACAAGCCCUGCGCCUGGGGAGAUGUGGGAGCUGUGGCUACAGCGAGGGCCCAGGCUGUGACGAGCGAGGAGCUGGCUCGUAAGGGCUCUCCUGCUCUCCAUGCUGAGCUGCAUCCCCCCUCCCUCCCUCUGUACAUAGUUUGUGUUUCUUUCUUCCUACAUCUCCUGUCUGUCUAGUGUAGUUCUCUUCAUGUUUUCCUGUAAAUAGCCACUUGCUGGGGGAGAGAAAUGAAAUAUAUAUUAUACAGACGUUGACUGGCGUGUGGGCUCGUACUGGGAAACCACUGUCUUGUAGGAUGGAAGCCGUGACCCAUGGGAGGCCACUCCACCCCCAGGGACAGUAGUUCCCUGCUAACCACUUGGAUGAAAGUUCAUAUUUGUUUUAAUUAAACCCUUAAAAAAAAAAA